AGAUGGCAUUUUAUGAUUUCUUUGAAGAGUUUUUUGUUUUUUUUUUAAAAGAAAAAGAUAAAAAGGACGAGCAGGAAAACAUCCUUUUUAUAACAAGGGUUUAAUUUUCGUUGGUAUUUCCUUUACUAGAAAUAUGCAUCAUUCAGUUAUUGUCAUUUGUUUUUGCACUUUGAAUUUGGAAACAAAGGCCGCACGUGAUUGUAAUGAUGAGAGAUUAUCAGUUGUAAAUGUUACUUUUUUUUUAUUAAUCCCAUGGAUUGUCAAACAUGAAACAUCAGUUGUAUUUUAUUCAAUCCUUAUAUUAACCUGCAAAGGGAAUUUGCGUUAUUGUUUUUAUGAUUGUUUUUUGGACAAAAAUAAUUACGAUAACUAUGUCAUUGUUAAGGAUAAUUGCCUUAUUGAUACAACAAAAAAGGCAAAUAACUUUUUACAUGUGAUAAAAUUUUAUAAUUUACCUAAUAAGUUAUAUCCGUUUAAGCACCGCCUCCUUUAUGAGUGACUGAGUACCAUACCUUUACCAUACGUCUAUUGAAGUAACGGAAAUCAGCUGUUCCAAAAUAAUUGGGUUUUAUCGAUUGUAAAGAUAAAUCUAUAAAAAAA